ACCAAUUAACGAUUUAACUGUAAUUCUACUAUUUCUACCAAUAUCAGUACUGAUAUUUUACAGGUCCCUUUUGUCGCAUUAGCAGAACUUCACAUGUGGAUCUUUAUUCUAAUUCCUUAAAUCCAAUUAGUGAUGAUGACAGAGGCGGCAGCAACUACUGGUUGCGAAAUAACGUUGAGUUUCGCGUCCCGCUGGCGGCGGCGGCCAAAGGGGAACCAACGAGUAUCGCCACCGGCCACCCCAUUAGGUUCUUCGAUCUCUCUACAUGCCAAACUGGUGCUGAUGUGAAAAAAGCUUCGAUCUUGAUAGGAAGGGAAGGGGGGUGCAGUUGCGCGAGUACGAUGCUCUCCAAGUUCAGCGUUUCUUGGUUCAACAAUGGUUCGAUUGCAAGUCCAGGAGGGACAGGACCCAGUUCCUUGUUUCUGUAUCGAAGUGAUUUCCCGAAGUCUAGAAGGCACAGGUUGAGGUUUAAGCUUGUGGGUCAGUCUUCUGGUGACAACAAAUGGAAGCUCAAGGAAAUUGAUACCAAGGCAGUGCAGGAACAGUUGAGCUCAUGGUUUUCGAAGACCCAGAAUUUCAUAGCGGAGGUGGCUUCACCGCUGGUGAAGUCUGGUUCCAGUGGGAAAAUCACUUCUCGAAAAGCUAAUGAUACUUUAGAGCUGGAGGAAGUAUUUCUGGUUGAGCCAACUAUUCAAAGAAACACACGGAAGGGAGUUCUUUCACUAGCUGCUUUGGUAUCUAUUGAGCAAUUUAGCAGGAUGAAUGGGUCGACCGGAUAUAAAAUGCAGAAGAUUUUUAAAGCACUUGUGGCGGAGCCUGUUUAUAGUGAUGCCCGUAACUUGGUGGAGUAUUGCUGCUUUAGGUUCUUGUCAAGGGAUAGCUCUGCCUUCCAUCCAUGCCUCAAGGGAAAGCUUGUAGGGGAAGAUGCAUUUAUACGUAUUGCUCCAGCUGUUCCUGGUGUAGCUGAUCACUCCACAGUGCAUAACCUUUUCAAAGCCCUAGCUGGUGAUGAAAGAGGCAUCUCAGUUGAAGUCUGGUUAACUUAUAUUGAUGAACUUCUCAAAGUGCAUGACGGACGAAUGGCAUACCAGACUCGCGAGUAUUCACCAGUUUGGAACGAAAGAGUCCUGUGCAUUGGUUCUAGCAAGAAGCAGCCUGUUCUGAAAUGGGAAAAUAAUAUGGCAUGGCCAGGAAAAGUAACUUUAACAGACAAAGCACUGUAUUUUGAGGUUGUUGACCUACUCGGUAAAAGAAGCUCUACAAGGCUUGACCUUACAAGAAAUGGAUUUCAAGUUCAAAAGACAAAAGUUGGACCUUUAGGUGCUUUCGAUUCUGCAGUCUCUGUUGGGUCAAGUUCUGGAUCAGAAAGAUUGGUGUUAGAGUUUGUUGACUUGGGUGGCGAGUUGAGACGAGAUGCUUGGCAUGCAUUUAUCUCUGAAGUUGUUUCCCUUCAUAAGUUCAUAUCCGAAUUUGGACCUGAGGAUGGUGAUCCCUUACUAUCACAAGUAUAUGGUGCCCGAAAAGGGAAGGAAAGGGCUAUCAACGAUGCUAGUAACAGCAUAGCCAGACUUCAGGCUCUUCAGUUCAUGAGGAAAUUGGUGGAUGAUCCUCUCAAACUUGGUCAGUUCUCAUACUUGCGCAGUGCACCCUUUGGAGAGAUUGUGUGCCAAAGUCUGGCUCUUAACUAUUGGGGUGGACCAUUAGUUAAGACCUAUACAGAUGAUGAUGACUAUGAACCAACUCCAGGGCCAGUGGCACCCACUGAUGGUGUAUCAAAACUCAGUAGUCAUUUGCUUGACAUAGACGGGAGCAUUUACCUAAGGCAAUGGAUGAUGAGGUCACCAUCUUGGUCUUCCAGUGCUUCCAUUAACUUCUGGAAACGCUCGUCCAAAGGGCAAGGUUCAAUUCUAAGUAAAGAUCUUGUUGUUGCCGAUCGGAACCUAGUUGAGAGGGCAGCUUCAACUUGUAGAGAAAAAUUCAAAGUGGCAGAAAAAACACAAGAGACCAUAGAUGCUGCAAUGCUUAAAGGGAUUCCAAGUAACAUUGACCUUUUCAAGGAACUGAUACUUCCUCUAUCCAUGGCUGCAAAGAAUUUUCAAAAGCUGAGGCGAUGGGAAGAGCCACACCUGACAGUAUCUUUUCUUGCAUUUGCUUAUUCCAUAAUUUUCAGAAAUUUGCUGUCGUAUGUAUUUCCGAUGAUGUUGAUCGUUUUGGCAGCUGGGAUGCUAACACUAAAGGGCCUAAAACGGCAGGGCCGCUUGGGAAGGUCAUUUGGAAAAAUCGUUAUCCGUGACCAACCCCCUUCCAAUACCGUUGAAAAGAUCAUAGCUGUGAAAGAUGCCAUGCGAGAUGUGGAAAAAUACCUCCAGAAUCUUAAUGUCGUGCUUCUCAAAAUACGAAAUAUCUUUCUUUCAGGUCAACCACAGGUGACUAUGGAGGUCGCAUUGGUGCUAUUAUCGUCAGCUACCGUCCUUCUCAUCGUUCCAUUCAAGUACAUUCUUGCAUUUUUUCUCUUUGAUACCUUCACUCGGGAGCUUGAGUUCCGGAAAGAAAUGGUGAGAAAGUUCACAACCCUAUUGAAGGAGCGUUGGGAGACGGUGCCAGCUGCACCUGUAGUCGUGGUGCCAUUCGAAAGUAAGGAGUCUAGAUCAGCAAAUGAAGGAAAGAAGCCUGAUGAAUAGUCAAUCAUUCCGAAAGGAGAGAUGAAAAAACAAAAGUGUACAGUGGCUGCUGAGAGGUGCAGGUGUGCAGGUAUCUGCAUGCAUAGUUUUGUAAGAGUACAGAAAAUUCUGGUUGUAGUUCUCUACCAUAUUUGUGCAGUAUACAAGGUUCAGUAGAUCUCUGCCAUAUCUCAGUGCUCUUAUAGGUGCUACAUAAAAUAUCUCAAUAUCCAGGCCACCAUCGGAAGCCACCAUGCAAAAGGUAGAACUUGAAACUGAUCAUUCGAGGAGGAACUGAUGCUGUUAUUAUUACUGCAAACCACCUUGUUGUCAUGGUAGGAGCACAGUGUUUGAUUCCUCGAUGAACAAAAGGUGAUCAAGUAAUCAGAUGCAGAGCAUGUCAUCACUGUGGUACGAUCAUCGAGUGCAUAGCUCGAUGCUGCAGGGCAUACUUGUUUGAAUGCCUCCGAGUAAUUGUUUGCCACGCAUACCAUUGGAUCUGAGUACUUCCCACGGCAGCAAUACUCAUCGCUGUCGAACACCUGACAGGCACUCUGGCACGCAACCACCCUGUCGUGGUCAGAUUCGACCCCAAGUUCCUGAGGGCAACUCUGCCUCAGGUCACCAUCACAUCCAGCAAUGCUGCAGUUUCCUUUGCCGUUCAAUGGAGACACCACCAGAGGCAAGUUGAACCCGUCUACGAGACUGACAUCAUAGAAAUCAAGGUCGUGGUCAUCCCCAAGGGUGAAUUCUGCGAUGGUGUUGGGAGGUGAACUUGGGGUGGUGCAGUUGAGGGAAGUGCCACAGCUGCCUGUUUGGCAACUCCCAGUAGUUGUGCCAUUGGUGGCGUUGAAGGUGCAGCCAGUUCGACCCCAUAUUCGGCCACUCCAUCCAGGUGGGGCAGGAUAGGAGGCGGUUUGGCCGGGCUGCAAGGGGAACCCAAUGUCGCCUGCAGAGUCGUUGUGGUCGGCCUUGGUUAUGAUACCUGGCCAGAUUGUCUCGUUGCAGUUGUUGUAUAGCGUGAAUGUUCUGCUACUCGUGGUCGAGUUUUGUGCUGCGGUGUGAGCAAUGUGAUCAGUGCUAAGUAUGCAGAAGAAAGUUGCUUAAGUAGAUCAAAAGAUGUGGAUUUUAGUGAGCAUAUGUGUGUUACCUGAAGCAACUGCAAUGCAGAAGGUGAAGAGGAUGCAGGCAAGAUGGUUGCAAAAACGAUUUCGAUAAGCCAUGCUUGUUGCUCAAGUCUGUGAUGUGGUUGGUUGGAGUAUUAGAACAGACAAACUUUAUAUGUGUUAGCAGGGGAAUGGAGUUGGGACAGAAAGAAUGGCUUCCUUACUUACAAUGCUUGCUUGUCUAUCCCCUUUUCCAUUGAUACCUUGCUCUGCCUUCAGCCUUGUUAUUCUCUCAAUCUUCUGGCAAAUCUGAACCCCAAAAUGUUUGUUUGUAUGCAGUUCAGUUCGU